AUGUCUAAUGACACAGGAGUACAGAAAAAAAAACAUAAAUACAUUGAUUCUGAAGAAGAGGAGCAAUAGCAGCAAUAACCUGUGUAAUAACCAUAACAACAAUCUCCUAUUGCUUAAACUAUUACAGUGGAUCAUAAGAAAUGGAAAUUCUUGUUUGAACCUGACUCGUCAGAAUAAUAGGAAGAAAAGAAAGUUAAGAAAAUUCAGAAUCCACAAAUCACCAAAUAAAAAUAGCCUGAACAAAGAGUCAAGCAAAUUAAAUCAAAUCCAGACACUGAUGAUUUGAGGUACGAAAUUUUGUGUAGGUGGUGGUAUUGUUUCGAUCAAUGGCCACCUUCGGAUUUUGACUAUGAAGAAGCCUUGUCCAAGUAUAAAUUGAGAAAAGUCGAUUUGGCUGUUUUCAAAAGAGAAUCCGAGAUCAAUGAUUAAGGACUCAGGAAGGUCUAUGAAGUGAAUGGAUACAAAGGAGUCUUUAGGACUUCAGCUGGUGACACUCUGGAUCUCAGACCAAGAGAGGGUUGUCCAUCCUAUGAGCAAAUCUCCAAGAUCAAUUCAAAAAACCUGCCCAAAAUAUUAAUCAAAGGCUUGAAGGCUUAAUUGGAUGACUUACUUAAGCAUGAGCCCAACAACCAAUAAUUAAAACAUAAUUUAGAACGCUAAUUAAAACAAGUCCAAUAGCAAUAUCAGAGAUAGACAGAUUGAUAAUUUUGAUUUAGAUUUUAUGUAGCAAUAAUAAAAUAAUAAAAACAAUAAAA